CACCUGCGACUGCCCCAGGCGCAGCUCACCCUGCGCUGCUCCUGUGUGUCCAGGGCCGGUGGCACCAUGAGGCGGGAGGGACGCGCGGCGCUGCUGGCGGCGCUGCUGCUCCUGGCACAGCUGCGCUCGGGGAGCAGCCAGUGGAACCCGGAGGCGGCGGAGGCCGGGGUCCAGGACCCGAGUCUGCGCUGGAGCCCCGGGGGGCGGAACCAGGGCGGCGGAGCCCGCGCGCUCCUCUUGCUGUUGGCGGAGCGCUUCCCGCGCCGCGCGGGGCCUCGCCGAUGGGGAUCCGUGACCGCGGACGAGCGGCCGCGACGGGACGACCCUCCGCUGUCCAUUGACCUCACCUUCCACCUGCUGCGGACCCUGCUGGAGUUGGCGCGGACGCAGAGCCAGCGAGAGCGCGCCGAGCAGAAUCGCAUCAUAUUCGACUCGGUGGGCAAGUGA